AGAAAAGGAGACCCCGUUUGUCCUCUCUCCUCUCUCCUCCCCUCUUCUCUUGUUGUUUCAAGUGAAACUUGCCUUAGCUAGCGGUUAGGUUCUCUUGUCUUGGGAAAAAAGAAAAGAAACAAAAAAAGAAAAAAAAAAACUUUUGGGGUUCUUCAAUUGAAGUCUGAGAGGUCUCUGUCUUCUUUCUUUUUCCUUUGUUUGUUAAGCCUAGAGAGAGAAAGGGAUAAGAGAGAGAAAGGGAUAUGGAGAUGAUGUAUUACCAGCUUGCUAGGUCUUCUUGCGAGGACUCGUUGAAGGUUUUGGAGGCUGAUAUUCAGCACGCAAAUGCUCUUGCUGCUGCAAUUCCGAGGGGCAAAGGUGGUGCUUGUCUUCAAAUGAAAUUGGUUUACAAUAACUGGGCUCCAAUCUUUCUGUUUUUGUUACAAUGGCUGGAUUGCUCAUGCACAUGUCUAUUACCAAGAUACCUAAACUUUUUCCACAUACUUGUUUACAAGGUAUAUACAGAUGGGAGGCCAAACAUUUCUACACACGGAAGGAAGGCUAGUAUUAGGGACUUCUAUGCUGUUAUAUUGCCAUAUCUUCAGCGGCUCCACACUGACUUGGGGGAGUUUGAUGAUCCUAAGAAGGGGCACUUAAGCAUUGAGAUUUCUGGUAAGAAGAGGGUUAAAGGAGAAAGUGGUCUUACCAAUGUUGAUAUGGAGAGAGAAGAUGAGUGUGGGAUUUGCUUAGAGCCUUGCACCAAAAUGGUCUUGCCUAAUUGCUGUCAUGCAAUGUGCAUCAAAUGCUACCGCAAUUGGAACGUGAAGUCGGAGUCUUGCCCAUUUUGCCGCGGUAGUAUGAAGAGGGUAAAUUCAGAAGACUUAUGGGUGCUUACUUGCAACGACGAUGUGGUCGACAACGAAACGGUUUCUAAGGAGGAAUUGUUGCGGUUCUACCUCUAUAUCAAUAGCCUGCCAAAGGUUUAUCCAGAUGCCCUUUUCUUAGUAUACUAUGAGUAUCUAAUUUGAUUGGAAGAAAGUGGGAGAUUGUGUACAGACAGAAGAAAUGCCGACCCUCCAAAUGUACAUAGAGUCUGGUAAGGAAAGUUCUUUCUCGGAUUCUUUCACGAAAAUAACAGUUCCCAUAACAUGCUUAUUUGAAUUUUAUGUAGUAGUGCGAUGGAACCUUAUCAAAGUUCCACAUUUCAUGUACAAGACUUGCUGCAAUUCCAUGAGCAAGCAACUUCAAAUUAAGAAAAGCACAAUUAAUUUCACUCUUAGUUGAGACUAGUUAUUACAACUUGGUCUAGCAUAGUUGAUUCUUUACCAAAAUCCGCCCUCCCUCUCUCUAUCAUAUUGUUUUGAACAUAUAUUUACAUUGCUCCAAAGUUGUGACAUGAAAAAUUUUAUUUGUGUAACAAUGACUUUCUCCCAAUAGCACACCUUUAGUUAUUAUUACAUAUAAUAAAUGUCAUGUUACAUCU